UGGGAGGGCAGAAGAUGGUGUCAGAUCCCCUAGAAGUGGAGUUACAGAAACCCAGAGAGGGGUAAGGACCACACAACCACUUGGCUCCCUUCUAGCCCAGGAAAAGUAACACCUGACUCUUAGAUGAUUGGGGGCGGAGCAGGGGUGGAGCCAAGGAGACCCAGGUAGCCUCUCUGAGAACAAGAACACUGAGUGGCCUGAAGCAGCAUGAGGCAGAGCUGGGGACCCGGGCUGCUUAUUGUGGGAGCUGUGGUCAUGAUAGAGGGUCUUCAAGCAGCUCAGCGUGCAUGUGGGCAGCGUGGCCCUGGCCCUCCGGAGCCUCAGGAAGGCAACACGUUACCUGGUGAAUGGCCAUGGCAGGCCAGUGUGAGGCGACAGGGGGUUCACAUCUGCAGUGGCUCCUUGGUGGCAGACGCCUGGGUCCUCACAGCUGCUCAUUGCUUUGAAAAGGUGGCCACAACAGAACUGAGCUCCUGGUCUGUGGUCCUAGGAUCUCUGAAGCAAGAAGGGCUGAGCCCGGGGGCUGAGGAGGUGGGAGUUGCUGCCCUGCAGGUGCCCAAGGCAUAUAAUCACUAUAGCCAGGGAUCAGACCUGGCCCUGCUCCAGCUCACUCAUCCCAUAGCCCAUACAACCCUCUGCUUGCCCCAAUCCACCCAUCAUUUCCCCUUUGGAGCUUCUUGCUGGGCCACUGGCUGGGACCAGAACACCAGUGAUGUUUCCAGGACCCUACGGAAUCUGCGUCUUCGUCUCAUCAGCCGCCCUACCUGUAACUGUCUCUACAAUCGGUUGCACCAGCGGCUGCUGGCCAGCCCAGCAAGACCUGGAAUGUUGUGUGGGGGUGCACAGCCCGGGGUACAGGGACCAUGCCAGGGAGAUUCUGGGGGACCUGUGAUGUGUCGUGAGCCUGAUGGACACUGGGUCCAGGUUGGGAUUGUUAGCUUCACAUCAAAAUGUGCCCAAGAGGACACUCCUGUGCUGCUGACUGACAUGGCUACUCACAGUUCAUGGCUGCAAGCCCACCUUCAUGGGGCAGCUUUCUUGGUACAAGACCCAGGAAUUGUGGAGAGCAGUGAUGAGAACAGCUGUGUAGCAUGUGGCUCCUUGAGGACUGGAGGCCCGCAGGCAGGAGCCCUGUCUCAGUGGCCCUGGGAUGCCAGGCUGAAGCACCAUGGGAAGCUGGCUUGUGGUGGAGCCCUGGUAUCAGAAGUGGUGGUGCUAACUGCUGCUCACUGCUUUAUUGGUCGCCAAACCCUAGAGGAAUGGAGUGUAGAUCUGGGGACUGGACCAGAGGAACGGGGCCUGAAACAACUCAUUCUGCAUGGAGCCUACACCCACCCAGAGGGUGGAUAUGAUGUGGCCCUCCUGCUGCUGGCUCAGCCUGUGACAUUAGGCCCUGGCCUGAGACCCCUUUGCUUGCCCUAUGCUGACCACCAGCUGCCUGAUGGUGAACAUGGCUGGGUUCUGGGGCUGACUCAAGGAGCAGGCAACAGCUACCUCCAGACAGUACCUGUGACAGUCCUGGGGCAAAUGGCCUGUAGCCGACAGCAUGCAGCCCCUGGGAGCACAGGCAUUCCCAUUCUGCCAGGGAUGGUAUGCACCACUGUUGUGGGUGAGCUGCCUCAAUGUGUGGGCCUAUCUGGGGCACCACUCAUCCAUGAGGUCAGGGGUACAUGGUUCCUGGCUGGACUGCACAGCUUUGGAGACACCUGCCAAGGACCUUCCAGGCCUGCAGUCUUCGCAGCACUCUCUGCUUAUGAGGACUGGGUCAGCAAUCUAGACUGGCAGGUCUAUUUCGCUGAGAAGCCAGAGCCCGAGGCUGAGCCUGGAAGCUGUCUGGUCAACUCAAGUAUGUGUCGCUAUUCACUCUUCCUCUCCAGCCCUGGCUCCCAUCUAGGGAAAACACUAUUAUGACUCAUCUCUAGCUGUCCAGGGUGUGGAGUACAGCAACAGACAGACCCACAUGGACUUUAGGCAGCAGGGGUCUCAGCUUCUUGGUCUUCAGGUCUCCCAUACACCACAGGGGCAAAGAUGAUGGAUCUUGCUUCUUCAAGGGUACUAAGAGAGCUAUAGGGAUGGGGCCAAAUUAACUUCCCUCCUCUCCUUGACAGGCCAGCCAGUCAGUUGUUGACUGGUGACUCUAGUUUACUCACAAGAUGCCAGAAAAGCCAGGCAACUCCCACGUCAGCACCCAAUGCUACGCUUUGCUCCUGCCCUUCCCUGUCCUGUCCUGUGGUUCCCAGUCCUGAGGCAGGUCCAACAGCUGUCUGGCUGGGAGUGAGCCUGCCCGGGGAAGCUUUCCAUGAGGGCCAUAACCCCACCCCCAAGCUCUGCUUCCCAACAGAGAUGUCUCCAGUGUCCCUAAACAAUUCUUCAGAUACAACCACACCAACAGCUGUUGUGAA